AUGGCGACCACGGCGCUCAUUCUGUCGCCCGCACGUGUCCACAAAGCUACCUCUGUGGAUCGAGAGGCAGAUGGAAAAGAACUGAACCAAGGUUGCAGCACAACUGAGAAUCACAACUCCUGUUCUGUCACCAUGGAAACCACUGAACAAUCAGAGCUGGCGAUGGACUGUGAAGUGGAGGCUGAUUCAUCUGAGCGAAGCCAUGACGAGCAGGAGGCGUCCACCGCCUUAUUAACCGAGCCUCCGACCGACAACAGCCACAACGAUCCGGCGGACGUCUGUGGAACCGACGCUGGCCCUGAAAUGUCCGUUCAGGACCAAAAGGACACUUUAAUAUUUGAACCAGGACGGGAAGAACUCAACAGGAACGAGUCAACCACUUCAUCGGUGUCGGACACUCUGUCUAGUGCCGACAGCGUUUAUGAGAACGAGGCUCAACGGAAGAGGCCUGAGCAAGAACCAGAACCAGAGCAAGACCCAGAACCAGAGCAAGACCCUCAACCAGAGCCAGACUCUGUGCUCAACCAGUACCCUGAACCGGAGUGGGACCCUCAUCUAGACCAGUACACUGGAUCUGCAUUAUUCAGCGAGUCUCUGUUAGACUCUGGACCAGAACAAGACCCUGAAACAGAGCACUACCCGGAGCCUAUUCACGACUUUGACCCAGAGCAGUACCCUGAACUCGACUUAUUUCCGGAGCCACUUCCUGAGGUCGAGGAUAAUGAGCCGAACCCAGAGGAUGAUGGGUAUCCACAUCUGCCUGUAGACCCAGAGGAAGACCCGGAGGCCCAUGACCUCCUUUUUGAACCCCCCUUUAUAGAGGAAUCCAUCUUAGAGCAGUGCAUCCGAGAAGAGGCCAUGUCAGACGGGUCCAACGAGUCCUGCCACGACCUUGAAGCGGACGAAAUGGACGAAUGCCUGAGAGUCGAGAUCGCAGCAGCAUCGUCCGACAGCGACCCAGAUGAGAAAUGGAGGACGAUAUUCUCGUCUUCUAUAAAUAAAGAAGAUGAUGACUCAUAUUUAGACAGUCUUCAGUUGAGUGCCCAGGAGCUUUUUGUUCAGAAAGUUCAGGAGACAGACUUUGAGGAACAAGAAGGAAACCAUUUUGAAGAGCAAGACGCUAACAGUUUUGAGGUGCAACUUGAGGUUCCGCAAGUCCAAGAGGUUCUGGAACAACCUGACGAUAUCACUUCAUACCCUGCACCUCCGCAGGAAGUUAAAUACAACCCUUUACCCCUUCAAGCUUUGUCCAAAAUCUCAGAAGAUGACAGUGAAAAUGGGAGAGAUGCUAACCAUAACCACACGACACAACAACAGCACAGCAAUUCAGAUCCAAACAAGAGGCUACCGAAAGACUUCUGCGUCAUUCAGGAGACCAAGAGUGAGAACGUUAGCACAGAACACGUGGACUUCCAACUGGCUCGUAAGCAAUGGCGGGAAAUGGAGGAGCAAACCAAGAACAAGAUAGUCUUACCGACAACGAAGCAGCCCAGCUUCCACGGCAGCCACAGCUUCAUGUACACUCCAGUCCGCAACAUCGGAAGAACUCCCAAGAAAUCGCAAGAUCUGGAGAGCUUGAAUCUGGGAGGGGACUAUCCUCACACUCAGUUCAGCCCUUGCUCAGAAGAUUCCGGCCUAGAUGAUUCCAGUUAUAGGUCCCCCUGUGACGAUGUCGAAACGCCGGUUGAAAGGGAGAUCCGCAUUUCAAUGGAGAGAGAAGAGAACUUCAGGAGAGAGAGAGGCCUCGCAAGAAUGGGCAAAUCCACCGACUGCGCCCCGUCCAGGGGUAUGCCCCGCUCCAUCAGCACCCCCCUCACCCCGUCAUUCAUCAUCACCUCCUCGCCCACCAAAGAGCCACUGAAACAUGAUGUUUCCGCUAAUAACGUGAUCAUCCUGGACCCUGGCAACGACUUCAACCCCAGCCCACGACAAGGCAAAGACAACCUGGGAGCUCGUCCUGGCGAGUGGCGUUCCGAGGACAACAGCUCCAACGUCAUCAUUCUAGAGACGUCCAACCUGAUUAUUCGCAGUGCCUCCGAGUUCUCCCUCAACAAAGCGUGCGAGCAGCCCCAGGAGAAAAUGUUCCUCAGCAACCCCUUCUUCAAACUGCGUUCCAGAAGCUCGACUUCUCUGGUGGACGAAGAGAUCAAGAUGGCAAAGCAGAGGGAGGAGGAGCUGCGCAAAGAGAGGGCCGAUCUGUACGGAAAAGACAGGUUCAACGCCAACCGCAUGGACACGCUAGCCUUUGAUCUGUCAGUUGAAGUGCCAGUGAAGUGCAAGUCCUCCCCAUCAUCACCAAUGAAAACGGCCUACAGGAUGGACCGCUCCACACUAUCAUGUGACCACAGAUUCCCAGAGGCCUAUGGUGGCGGACGGCGGAAGAGCGCCAUGGCACUGCGCUGGGAGGCGGGCGAGUUUACGAAGAUGGACUGA